GUCAUAUUCUGAAAGUCGAUCUCACUACAACUUGGCUGCCUCCUUCCUCCUACGCUUGCGGCUCCGAUCCACCUCCAAAUCCCCCCAGCCCAAACUCAAGCACACCCUUCCCUACUCACCUCCGUCACCGGCCUCCUCAUCUCCACCAUCCGCUCAGCCCGGAACACCACGUGGCGUCUCAUGAUGUCCCAGCUCCGAUCCAUCCCUCUACUUUCCCGAUCCUGGAUAGAGCAAACUGGUGCAGAAUCAAUCCCAGGUCCUAUGCCCAAGCAGGAGAAGCCGGUCGACGAUGAAGAGGAUGCGCUCCUCAUCGCCGUCGCUCGCUCUGCCGAUGACAACUCCCGUCGGCCACGAUUAUUUUUUUAAUUGUUUUGCUGAAUAUUAUAUUUUAUUAGAAGUAUUUUGUGAUUGGACUCGGGCACACAUAUAAGCCCCGGGUCUGCCCCGACCCGUUGGACCCAAGACUAUAAAACCCCCCAUCUUCCCCGCGAAUGCAAUUUUCAGUGAAACCGCCCCAAGUAUUCAUUUUGUCUUUCCAGGGUUGUUUAGUUAUAUGGCUCCCUGUUCUUGAAUCUUUUACUAUUGUGCCAAACUCCAUGGUUUUAUUGUUCGUAUUUCCUUCAUUUUGGUUCAGCACUGUUAAGGUUGUGGUUUUUUGAACUAAUACUUAGUUGGGUUCUGACAUUCUAGACCUGAAUAGAUUCAGGGAGCUUUAGUUAUAUGGUAAUCUUGGUGUGGUUGUGAUUUUUAUUGGAUAAAUUUUGAUUCAGGGGUGUUGUUGUUGGGUUCUGGAACUCUAGACCCGGGUAGAUUCAGAGAUGUAUAUAGCUCAGUGAGUUUUUACUUGCUGUUUCAAUAUGGUUCAAUUCUGUUCUGAUGCAUUACCCAAUUCAAACGUACAUUGAUUCAGUCUUAGAAUCCCAGUCAACAGGUAUCACAUUGCUGCAAAGGCUGCAGCUUUCGUUUUUGCAUUUCUUGUUUUAAAGAAUCAUCGUCUAAAAGAAUCAACUCAAGUUUGGACACAUAGAUCUAUAAUCCUUCAAAAAUGGACAUUAAACUUCUUUUGAAUCUGCUUUGCACUUUUGUCUGCAUCGGCUCCAAAGAAUUGGAUAUCUGGGAUGGCUUCUUCAGAGUCUAUUUUGUCUGCCCAACUGUGACUUUCUUUCAUUGAUGAUAUUUCACUGUCGACUGCUUAGAUUUUGGAAUGCUUCUAUAUCAUUGAAAUCUGUUUUUAUGUCCUUCCCAUUUAGACACCGAUUUAUAUUCCUGAUUCAACUCUUCCUUGAAUCACUCAAAUUUGGUAUGUAGAUUGCAAUAUCCCUAUGUUUACCUAUGGUGCAAGUAUUCUUUUGCUCGACUAUUUCAAAAGGUUAAUGGAUUCCUAUGUUCUUCCAAUGGACUGUAUGGUCCAAUAUGCUCAUGCAUUUGCAACCAUAACCACAAUCAGCCUUAUGCUGGAGUGGGGCAGGUGGGACGAUUUUUCAUGGGCAAAGAAAAUGUAGCUGAAAGUUCUGUUUGAUUUGAUUAUUUAGCAAUCUUAACAAUAGCUCUGAGUAAUUUGAGACUAGUGGACAUACCGCUAGUAGCUCUUACACAGUUUUAAGCUGUUUUGAACUUCUGCGUGUACAUUUGUUGCCAUUUCUUUCUGUUGAUUAUGAUCUAUUUUAUCCAUAUGCUAAAAGGAAUGCUCUCAGUCAUUUGGGUUAUGAAACUAAUGCCUGGAGCUAUUACAAAGUUGUAGUCUGUUUGAAACAUUUCCCUAUACAUUUACUGACACUUUAGAGUUUCAGCCACCCGUCGCCUUCAUAGUUUAUUGAUCUCUUUCGUACAGCUUAUACAAUGUAUAAACAGUUGAUAUUUUUGGGUAUUUGUUGGGUUCUAACAUUCUAGACCUGGGUAGAUUCAGGGACGUUUUUGUUAUAUGAUGAUCUUGGUGUGGUUGUGAUUUCAAAGGAUAAAUUGUGCUUGUGGUCGUUUCCUUUCUUAUAACGUAAGUUGGAAGCAUGUUAGCAAUCACUCGACUAAUGAGACUCUCUCAACUUGCAGGAUGUCAGACUACUUCAAUUUACACGAAAUAGGCCAGUUCAUGCACGAUAUUUUCAUUGGUCAUACGUUGGAGAGACUGGCAGGACUUCAGAGAAUCUCGAAGCGGUGGAGGGAGAUUAUUCUGUGUCCAGAUUUCAUCAGGAGGCUAUAUGAAAGAGAUUUAAAUGUUGAAAGGCAUCUAACGGAGAAUCACAGGGAAUUGUGCCCAGUUCUAACACGAGUGCAGUGUCCACAAAUUCAUUUUCCGGUGAGUACAUUAGUUGGCUCUAAUGGAGGUUUAGUAUGCAUGAUGGACCGCACUGAACAAGUUUUCAUCCUUAACCCGCUGACGCGGAGGUACAAGAUUGUGAUAGGAGACACUCGUCCCUUCAGAUCAUAUGCUUUUGGGUACCAGAUCAUGCACAGUGUCCCCUCUCUCACUGUUGUUAAGGUUCUGCAUUCUUCAAUGCGCCAUUUGGCUAUAUUUUCCCUACACACUAACCAGUGGAGGGAAGUGCUGUUCAUGAGGAAUGAAAAUAACCAGCAGUACCAAAUUCUGGAAGGAGUGCCAGGGGCAUUUACUUUUGGUUCUUUUGUUUGGAUGGGAAGAGUUACCAGGGGUAAUGAGGUUAGGGAAGCCUUGAUUACAUACAAUGCCACCACAAACACCUUGGGCCACUUGCAUCUCCCUGAUAACAUGUGUGGUAUGUUCCUAAGGGUGGUGAACAUCGGCCCUGAAUCGGCUGCUGUUUAUGGUAUAGGAACCAAUUGUUUCUGGCGCAUCAACAACCUUACCGGAGAAGAUCAUUUUGAGCGCGUACUUGUUAGAGGAUACCCAUCUGGGGUUUCAUUUCAACCUCUGUGCUGGCAUGGAAUAUCACACACUCUGUAAACAAGUGGCCCAAGGUGACUCUUCCCAUCCAAACAAAAGAACCAAAAGUAAAUGCCCCUGGCACUCCUUCCAGAAUUUGGUACUGCUGGUUAUUUUCAUUCCUCAUGAACAGCACUUCCCUCCACUGGUUAGUGUGUAGGGAAAUAUAGCCAAAUGGCCCAAGGUGUUUGUGGUGGCCCAAGGAAUGAAAAUAACCAGCAGUACCAAAUUCUGGAAGGAGUGCCAGGGGCAUUUACUUUUGGUUCUUUUGUUUGGAUGGGAAGAGUUACCAGGGGUAAUGAGGUUAGGGAAGCCUUGAUUACAUACAAUGCCACCACAAACACCCUAAACCCUAAACCAGUGUAAACAACCACACGCUAGAUUACAUGGUCAAAGGUUUUUUGACCGUAGUGACAUCCUUGCAAUUCCAUUCACACGGAGUUUUCAUUCUCCUGGGGAGUGUCAGCAGCUCUAAGAAUUGAAGGAUAAUAUUAGAGUAUGGUCAUUGCAAGAGCACAAGAGAUGGUUGGUGACUGAAGGCCUUGAAGUGAGAACAUGCAACAUCUUUCUACUGUAAGAAAAAUUGCAGAGGAUUGUAAAUUCAUAUUAGCACAUCGUAGAAUCAAUAUUCUGUGGUACUAUUUGGCACUGUUGGUGAAGUAAGAACAGGCAGCCACUUUCUGUUUGUACUAAAUUUUAGAGAGGAUAUAUUCUGUGGUGUGAUAUGUGGUACUAUUUGGCACUGUUGGUGAAGUAAGAACAUGCAGCCUCUGUAGAUUUGGAUUUGUAAAAUUCAUCUCAGCAAAUUUGGCAGUGUAAACUCAUAGAACCAAUAUGUUCUGUCCGAGAUACUUUAAAGUUGUUUCAAUGCAUCUAUUAUGUUA